UUAAAGUAAAAAACUCAAGUGGUAUAUCCCCCUAACUUCAAAGAUCUAUAAUAUUCCACAAUGAUACCACUCCUCCCCACAACAAAUAAUAAUAGCACACUCCGGCGACUCCUAUGACCACCAACACCCCCACCCUAUCCUUGCCGGACGAUCUCCGGUCACCCCUCAUCCCACCGGAUGAUAAAAACCGCCUCGACGGGCACCAUGAACCGCCCGUCGAGCGCCUUUGCAUUGACGUAAUGCUACGCAAAUAUUGCGGUGAAUUCGGGUAUUGGCAAUUUAAACACUUUGUUCUAACAUCUAUGGCUUGGGCUUUGGAGGCUUUCCAUACCAUGGUCAUGAUUUUCGCCGACCGGGAACCAGACUGGAGUUGCGAACCGGGUUCGGACUGCGUAGUGACCUCGGACGUUUGCGCGCUUCAACCGGGUACGUGGCGGUGGGACGGUGGCUCCGGGAUGAGUACGGUGGCGGAAUGGGGAUUAGUUUGUGGCCAGAAAUAUAAGGUGGGACUUGUUCAAUCCUUGUUCUUCGGUGGAUGCAUGAUUGGGGCCGGAAUAUUUGGACAUCUAUCGGACUCGAAGCUAGGUAGAAAAGGAUCGUUAACGGUUGUGUGCAUACUUAACGCGCUCUUCGGUCUGUUAACUUCACUCUCGCCAAACUACCUCACAUAUGUCCUCCUCCGCCUUCUCACCGGUUUUAGCACGGGUGGGGUUGGUCUAUGUGCAUUCGUUCUCGCCACCGAGCCGGUGGGACCGUCUAAGCGAGGCAUAGCCGGAAUGUCCACCUUUUACUUCUUCUCGAGCGGGAUAGCAUUGCUCUCUGGGAUAGCUUACGUGUUUCAAACGUGGAGGUCUCUCUACAUUGCAUCAUCCGUGCCGUCGAUCCUUUUUGUGUUUUUGAUCCUACCGUUUAUUUCUGAGUCCCCUCGGUGGUACUUGAUUAGAGGACAAACGGAUAACGCUAUGAGUAUCAUGCGGGCAAUUGCGGCCACAAAUGGGAGAUGUAUACCGGAAAAUGUGUAUGUUGCGCGUGACGAGGAGGUUAAAGAUAAUGAUCAGAAGAGCUUUGAGGCUAGGUCAAAAGAAGUCAUAACCGGAUCGGUGGUGGAUGCGCUCAAAUCACCGUUAACACGGAUCCGUUUGAUUCUAGUGGUUGGAAUUAACUUCACGUGCUCGGUUGUGUACUAUGGUCUUAGCUUGAAUGUGGUCAACCUCGAGACCAAUUUGUAUGUUAGUGUGUUGGUUAACGCGGUGGCGGAGAUGCCAGCGUUUUUUCUCACGGCAGUGUUGAUUGAUAGGUUCGGGAGAAAGCCACUAGGUGUUGGGACACAAUGGUUUAGUGGGAUAUUUUGCAUUGCCGGGAGUUUUAUGGGAAACGAAGGGGCGUGGAAAGUGAUAAGGAUGUUGUGUGGUGUUUUGGGGAUUUUUGGGAUGGCAGGGACCUAUAACUUGUUAUUUAUAUAUGCAAUGGAGUUGUUUCCAACAGUGGUGAGAAACACCGCCCUUGGUUGUGCUACUCAGGCAGCACAACUUGGGGCGAUUUUGGCGCCUUUUGUGGUGGUUAUGGGCGGUGGGAUUCCGUUUUUGGUUUUUGGGGUAUGUGGAAUCGUGGGUGGGCUUCUGACCUUUUACUUGCCGGAAACUUUGAACAAGCCGUUGUACGAUACCAUGGAUGGAAUGGCGGAUGGUGAGAAUGAAGCUUAAAGGCAGAGAUGGUAAACUUAAAAAAAUGAUGAUUGUACUCGCCAAAUAGUGUGUAUUUUGUGAGAACUUGUUUACAUAUUAAUUGUAUACUUUUUAACAAAUUGUAAGGGGUAAAGAAAGUUAUGUAACGGUUGAUUUUUAAUUUAAAUCUAGUUUCAUCAA